AUGCAGGGCACAUCCAAGGUGGUGUCCCUCGCAGGCUCACCCGGGCUGCCUCUCCGCUGGCGGACUCCGGCACGCGCCGCCGCCGUGCCCAGCUACCCGCUGGCGCGGCUGCCAGCGUCGCUGCCGCUGCUAGUGGUGGCGCUGCCGCUGCUGGCCGUGCUCGUGGCAGCGCAGUCACCGAUACCUUUCGGCAAAUAUGACUGCUUGAACCCCGCAAUCAAGUCCGUGGAUGGCUUCAACCUCAACACUGCCACCCACCAGAUCUCGGUGCUGCCCGCUGGCUUCACCAAUGCCGCCGCCAAGGACAGCGUGGCAGCAGUCGUGUCUGCAGCAGCGACGCCCCAGGAGGCCGCCGCUGUGUACGGCACAGCAUAUGCACCCGCCGCCGCGGCUGCAGCGAGCGCGGCACUUCAGGGCAGUGCGGGCGCCGCGGCGACGGCGGUCGCGCCGGCGGCGGUGGCCCCGACUACCAUCACUAUAGCUGAUCUCUUCAGCAUCACUUACUACGGCACCUGGAAGCUUGUCACAAACCUGGUCGUCAACGAGACGUACGUCCUCUAUCAGUGCGGCACUCCCAACCCCGUGGACCUUGGUGUGGCACCCAAGGACACCAAGACUUUCCAGAUCCCGCUGCACUCUUUGGCUGUGCCCGACACGACCGCUCUCGCCCUCGUCGGCCAGUCUGUUUUGAAGCUGCAGGACCGUGUUGUGGGUGCCCCCAGCUACUGCACCGACGCUUGCGGCCAGGUCAUCGCCACCAAGUGCGGCUUCAAGGCGGACCCGGACCCCUUCACCUUCAAGGUGCCGGGGAACAUCCUCGGGGUGUCUGACGCGCUCCUCGACACCUUCCCUAACGGCGACCCAAAGUCCAUCAUCAUCAGUGCCCCCGGGACUUCCCCCGCCAUCCGGCCCCAGUGGCUCAAGUUCAUCGGUGCCUUCUUCAACCGCGAGGGCGUCGCAUCCAACAGCGCCGACACGCGCAUGCGCAAUUACCUGCGGAAGGCAAAGCUGGCUAGGGCUGCAGCUCCUGACAACAAGCCCAAGGUGAUCUGGAUCUCCUCCAUGGACAUUUUCAAGGACUGGGGGUAUCCUGCUGACGGCAUCCAGUAUGUCAUCUUUGGCACUAGGUUCAAGAAGAGCUACGUGGAGGACGCCGGUGGCGUUCUCCUUGAUGGCAAGUCACUGCUGGGCAAGUACGACAAGUCAAUCGUGGACAAGGAGCUCUUCUCCGCCGACGAUCAGUACAAGAACGUCGCCAUCAACCCCAAGGCCGACGCCAUGAAGGCCAGGCAGGCUUUCCUGGAGGUGCUCUCGCAGGCCGACGUUGUGGUGGACGAGACGUACUUUAUCCGCCCCGUCAACGCCCCCAGCAUGGACGCGCUUCUCGCCCGCUACACGCCCUCCCUGGACUCCCCUGCCAGGAUCCAGUUCGCGGAUGUCGCGAAAAUCCCCGCGUUUGCCAAUCAGAAGGUUGUCACUGUUGGCAAGCGCCUGUCCAACGACCUGACCGGGUCGGACUGGUUUGAGUCUGCCGUCAUUGAGACCGACCGCGUGCUCGACGACUUCAUCACCAUCAUCACGCCGCAGGCCCAACAGCAGGCCAUCACCACCAAGUGGCUCCAACGCCUCGGAAAGGAGGCUGUCACGCCGGUCCGCCUCAGCUCCUGCUCGGCCAUCAAGUCGUGCACGCGCGGCAACCCCGGCUCUGUAUGUGCAAACGCCUACUACCGCUGCAAGGACGGCACCCUGAACCCCGGCCAGCGCCUUUCUCACUGCAACCCACAGCCGAGCUGCACGAUCAAGUGCCAGUGCUGCGCAAACCCCGGGGCGACCAACUGCGUGAACACGUGCGCGGCUGCACCAGUGUCUAAACAGUGCCCUUUCUAG